CCCAGUGACAAAGUGAAACUGGUGUUAAGUUCAAUCCCCGCGUCCGGGGGGCUGGGCGAGGGUCUGGGCUGAUCUGAACUGAUCUGAUCUGAUCUGGGUCCCUGCCGAUCCAGGUCCAGCCAAGAGUGAUGUUGUGGGUCUGAUGGUCGGUGAUUGGACGAAGACUUUCUCAGGAUGAUGUGGAGCUGUCUUGGAUCGAUACUCCUGCUGCUCAUCGCAAACUCUCUGGGUGAGUUUACAGUGAAGACACCACUCGAGCCGGUGGUGGCAACGUUCGGCAUGGAUGUGAUCCUGGAUUGCCAACUGGUGCCGACAGAGAUGCCGCCGGACAUGGAGGUGCGAUGGUUCCGUACGGAUUGGUCUCAGGUGGUGCACCUGUACCGCAAGGGGAAGGACAACCUGGAGGCCCAGGUGGAGCGCUAUUCCGGGCGCACCCAGCUCUUCCCUGACCAGUUUGCCCGGGGCAACGUCUCCCUGCUGCUCAGGAAGGUCAACGUUGAGGACCAGGGCAGGUACAAGUGUUUCGUGGUCUCCAGCGAACUGGACCAGGAGGGAAUCCUCGACUUGAAGGUGGCAAGCCAGGGCCACCAGCCGGUGAUGAGGAUGUCGGGCUACGAGGGCAGUGACAUCCAGCUGGGCUGCCAGUCGGAGGGAUGGUUCCCCGAGCCUCGGGUGGUGUGGAGGGACGGCGAGGGGAGGCUGCUGGAGGGACACGAGGACACCAUCGAGGCGGGAAGGGACAAGUUACUGGCCGUGCGGAGCUCGCUGACUGUGACCAGCGGCCAACUCGGACCCUACAAGUGCUCCAUCCACAACACCCUGGUGGGGAACACCACCCACGCACAGCUGGACAUCUCAGAGGCCUUCUUCCCAAGUACCUCAGGUUGGAUGGUUGGCUUCUGGGUCAUAUUCCUUGUUCUUCUGGUGGGCAUCGUGGCAGCUUUGUACGGCUUCAGGAGGGCACGGGAACAGAAUGGGAGGAUGAAAGAUCUGAGCAAGCGACCAACAAUCAGCGAUUACGAAUCUCUGCGCAUUACUGUCGCCCAACAAGAGACCCAAGCAGAACUCGGGAAGCAGAAACACUUGGAAGACUUGGUGAAACAACAGAACAAGGCUAAAGCAG